AUGCUCGCUUAUUCACAAGUCUCUAAAUUCAACAUUCCAAGUGGUGUUAAAUUUAUCCAUACAAACGCUUUCUCUGGUGCUCCAAAGCUUGACGUUACUUUGGAUGAAAAGAACCCAUAUUUCGUUGCCAAGGACCAAGAUAUCUACUCAAAGGCAACAAACACUUUGAUCUGCACAUAUGGUGCUCUUCCAGAGUUGUAUAAGAUCCCAGAUGGAAUCGAAGUUAUUCCUAAGGGAACAUUGCAGACAAACAUGGAAACUGUCCAGACACCAACAGGUAGCUUCUACACAGGUGUUUCAGCUGCAAGACUCGUCAUCCCAGAUUCAAUGAAGAUCAUUGA